UCUUGUGAGCCGCCCCUCCGGAGGGUGCAGUGGCACGGCGGAGACGCCAACUAUCGGUUAGGUCUGUUAGCUGUAAACAAAUCUUUUACUCCACCACGAUGGACGGGAAACAAACAUUUAUUGAGCAGCGAUUCUCUGCGCCGUCGCCACCUGCACUCACCUUCAUCAUGUAGCGAGACCGACGCCAAAUUUACGCUUUGCAGACCGGAGACAUAACGACAGUUGAUUUUUGACUCUGGUUAGACCUGUCAUUGCUUUGCCCAGUGCCAUCACAGGUAUUUUAUAUAUAUAUAAAAAUAUAUAUAUGCAGCGAUUGUCACUAUGCUCGCCAGUGGAUCUGUGCAUCAAAGCUAGCUCGCUAACGGUUAGCAAACCGUAUGAAUCUGUUUUCGCAGCGAAGAGCACACCUAGUUAUAAUAAUUUCAGCGAUUGAACAUGGCAUCGUCAGCAGAGCACGAUCUGUCUCUGUCUGAAGCGGACAGCAGCAAGGAGAAAGCCCAGGUGUUUGGGAUUUUAAGGCUUCAGGAGGAGAAAGCUGGUGCUGGGGAUAAAGCUAACAGCGGCGGCACGGUGAGAGGAGGAGACGGGCGAUGGCAGGCUCCUAUCUUCGCUUUGGCCAGAAAGGCGUCCGAGACCAUUUCAGGGAGCAUUCACGUCCUGCCCAAAGUGUCGGAGCACAGGACGUCGCUGCCGGGGGACUGGGCCGUCCAAGCCCUGCGAGAUCCGAUGGCCAUGGAACGAGCUAACCUGCUGAACAUGGCCAAGCUGAGUAUCAAAGGGCUGAUUGAGUCAGCCCUGAGCUUCGGGCGGACCCUGGACUCAGACUACCCGCCUCUUCAGCAGUUCUUUGUGGUCAUGGAGCACUGCCUCAAACAUGGGCUCAAAGUGAAGAAGUCCUUUCUGGGUUUUAACAAGUCCCUGUGGGGUCCUCUGGAGCUGGUGGAGAAACUGUGUCCUGAAGCAGCAGAGAUCUCGGCAUCUGUACGAGACCUGCCUGGGCUUAAGACUCCAUUAGGCAGAGCCAGAGCAUGGCUGCGUCUGGCUCUCAUGCAGAAACGGCUGGCCGACUACCUGCGACUUCUCAUCACCAGGAAAGACUUGCUCAGUGAUUUCUAUGAGAAUUCAGCUCUGAUGUUGGAGGAGGAGGGAGCAGUGAUCGUCGGCCUGCUGGUGGGCCUGAACGUCAUCGAUGCUAACCUGUGUGUCAAAGGCGAGGACCUGGACUCUCAGGUUGGGGUGAUCGACUUCUCCAUGUAUUUGAAGAACGAUAUAGAUGAUUACAGGAGUGAAGAGAGGAAUAGCCAGAUAGCAUCCAUCUUGGAUCAGAAGAACUAUGUAGAGGAACUGAACCGACAGCUCAACUCCACAGUUCAUGGGCUUCAGGGCAGAGUCGACUCUCUAGAGAAAUCCAACUCUAAACUCAUAGAAGAGUUAGCUAUAGCCAAGAACAACAUCAUCAAACUGCAGGAAGAAAACCAGCAGCUGAGGAGUGAAAACAGCCUCAUUCUGCUGAAGACGCAGCAUCAUUUUGAGGUAACUCAAGGCGAUGUGUCAGUGGAGAGAGACACAUACAAACAGUCUCGUCAGGGUUUGGAUGAGAUGUACAACGAAGUGCGAAGACAGCUGAAAGAGGAGUGUCAGCUCAGACAGGAUGUGGAGAAUGAGCUGGUAGUCCAGGUGUCGAUGAAACAGGAAAUGGAGCUGGCCAUGAAACUUCUGGAAAAAGACAUUCACGAAAAACAGGACACACUGAUUGGACUGAGACAGCAGCUGGACGAGGUCAAAGCCAUUAAUGUAGAAAUGUACCAGAAGAUGCAGUCAUCUGACGAGGAGAUGAAGAAGAAGAACGAUGUGAUCAGUCGUCUGGAGGAGAAGACCAAUCAGAUUACUGCCACCAUGAAGCAGCUGGAGCAAAGUGAUAAGGAUCUGCUCAGUCAGACCAGAACGCUUGCUAUGUCAUUUGUCAAGUGUGCCAGCACAGACACAGAGCACCAGUACAAGCUAGUCAAGGACAUCUCCUUCUGAGGAUAUGAGCGCAUGAAUAAGUGGACUUAACUUAAAAGAACAUUCCUGGGUUUUUUUGCACAUAAUAUUCAGAUGGUUUUAGGGCCUAAGAGCUGCCACAUAUUCAGGUGAAACUGGACUGCAUGUUUGGUUAAUUUACAUCAUCAGCACAGUGCUGGGAUUCAUAGAGAUUAUUGCAAUGUUUUAUGAUCUUUGAUAAAAAUACAUCCAGACAACUUUAAGAGAUUUGUUGGUCAGCAUAGACUGGGUAUUAAAAAUGGACACCAUGAGCUGAGGGCUUUGAUUGUUGCUAUCUUGGUUUUUGAAACAUGACAAAAUUGGGGUGGAUCUGAGUGAGAAACCAAGGGACACUACAUGCACAUAAAGUUAUGACUUUGUCCUCCUUUUGGACUCUAAUGGGUUCCAUAAUUUACAAAUUGAACAUUGGGUUGCAUUCAGAAGGAUUUGAAACUAAUGACUGAGGCUGUGAACACAUCAGGAAAGUGUUAGAUCAUGGACAAGACUUGUUUUUGCAGUUCUAACCGAGUUUAUAUUGUAUGUGACUCCACUUGCCACACACCACAAUUUCUUAUUCUUGUGUCUGUAGGGGUUAGCUUGCUCAAUGGCGCCUUCUCUCAGAGGUAGCAGUGCUGAAACUAGGGAUGUUCCUGGUGACAAAUUUACCAGUCAUUGAACAAGAGAGAAAAAAAUAGACUAGUUGACAAGUUUAAGGGACAGAAAACCCUCAGAAAACAAUCUAAUGGAUGAAGUUAAACUUUGGCCAAAUAAAUAUUUUGUCUGUAUUUUAGGAGCUGCAUGAAACUGUUAAUGAAAUCAUGUUUUAAUUGGCUCUGACAUGUGCAGCACUUUGGGCUGUAUAUAAUGUUGCAAACAAGGACAGUGUCAGAGUAGCUUGAAGAGUUUGGAUAACCGUAGUAGUGCAUCAGUAGCCUUGGUUUCAUCCACACACCAGUUACACAUUGCUUCAGUUGCUUUGGUUAUAUUCUACUUUAUUCCAAGAAAACCGACAUAGAGGACCUCAUUUAUUUAUUUAUUUUACAUCAAAGUACUACAGAAUAGCACUGGUUAGCACGGCUGCAGCCUCAGAUAGUGGAGGGUCGUGUUGUAACAUCUUUGAACCAGUAAUGGCCUUGUACAUUAAUAAAAUAAGAAUAAUACAUUUAACCGGCUAAUAUUUUUAGCACCACGACCUUUAAAUGUCUAGUCAGCCAGUUGUGCACAUCCCUAGUUGAAACAUUACCACUUCAUGAGAAGCUUGCCUGAGGAUGGUUACUGAGCACAGCACUAUGCACAAACACUGUGUAUUAAUAUCCUUGUGGCCACCUUAUGGAAUAUAUGAGUACUGUAAAUUACUGAAAUGUUUAUGAGAAGAGUUACUAAUGAGUUGCUGUACUUUGUAGGUAUUAAAACAUCUCUAUAGUGGAAUAAUGCAUUUCCUUGGCUAGCUAGCGCCUGUACUGCUGUAACUUACUGUUCUUUUAUAGUGUGCUGUUAUUCGAGCUUCUUGUAACCGUACAUAUACAGUGCAUAUUCUGUUCUUAUCCAGGUACAUAUUUCCAUGUUGCACUUGUUGUAUUAGGCAGUUUUGAAAUAUUGCCAGUUUAUAAGAGCUGUAUCAGAGAUAAUAGAUGACAGCAGUAAAAGACGAGGGUUGUCUGAACCAGCCUACGAUGGUUCAAACAACCAGAUGGGUUGCCCCCUGCUGGCCAUUAGAAAUUAUGCAAGUUUGACUUCACUUUUCAGACCCGGAAGCUAAGUCCAUCUUUUAUAUACAGUCUAUGGUUUGUGCUAAGUGAGGGAAAGUUUACUCUGAAUGUCCUGACAGUUUAACUGUUUCAAUAUUGCAUCAGUUAAUACUUUAAUAGAAACUGAAGAAACAUUUUUGAACUAAUCAUACACUACUAUUUAUGAACAUGCUCAGGCAUGCACACACAUACACAAAUGCUACAUAUUCUUCCUGUCUCCAGUAGUCAGUGUAUGUGCAGUAACACUCAUAGUGAGAUAACUGACUAUUUGGAUAUAAUCAUAGAGGUAUUUAUCGAUCACAUUGAGUUAGAAGGGCAUGCAUUGGGCUUUUGUGUCUAUUGAGAGGUUUAACCUGGCAACACUGAGUGGAGUCACCUUAAUGUUUUGACUGCAUUUGGGUCUAAACUUAAAAUAAAGUGAAGGUGAAAGGCACUAAUGCUUAAUUAUUAAAGAUCUUCCCACCACCACAUAACAAAAAAAUACAGACCCACCUGUUAGCAAAAUAGUCCUUUAGAGGCAUUCAAACUGGCUUGGCUGAAAUCUUUGAGUAACUGCUUCUGUUCUUCACUGUCUGUUCCUGCACCAGAAAGAGCGCUUUUAUUUUCCUUCCAGGCAGUCAAGGUCACAAGUAAGAGCAGUAACAGGAAAACCAUCACAAGUGGUUUUCUCUGAAUGGUGACCCAUGACCCUUGUCCCUCGUUCACUCACUCACAAGUCCUAUAUGUUAAUUAAUGGACAGUAAAUGGAAAUUUCAUCACAUGCUCAGAAUUUGGACACUCAAGUAAUAUGGUAGAAAGUAAAUAUGUGUACUGUAUCUUUAAAAAAAAAAAAAAAAAAAAAAAGAGUGAUUCUGGACACAGCUCAUCUCAUUGUUGGGUUGAGAUUUUUAGAUGUAAACUACUCAGUGGGACCAGCAGCUUUAGAUCAAUUGGUGUGUUUAGUGUCUGCAGAACAGACAGCUGAGCCAAGUGUAAAGAACUGUAGUUACACAGCUGUAAACCUCUGGAGUUUCUGUCAAGGGAACUGCAUUAUUGUGUUUGUCUUGGCAUAUUUAUUGACUUUUGUGAUAUAUCAGGACUUAAGUCUGCUCUAACUCCAUGUUCCUAAUACUCUUAAUUUGUAGAAAAAAAAACACUCAGUACAACUGUUUAAAACUCACAACUACUGUCUUUUAUCACCGUGAUCAAUAAAGGUAGAUGUUUUGAACAUG